UACCUGUGGUUAUAUUGGUGACCGUAAUACCAUGUUUUACUCCGUGACAGCCGCCAUCUUGUCAAACACUGCAGUUGUGCAACAAUAUUUAACCUUAAAAUACUGCAAAAUGAAGCUUGAUGUCUUGGAGGUAAAAAGUCUGAAGGUGAUUGCUUCGUUCGAGAAGUUAAAGCCUGAUGUUACCAUUGGUGAAAUAAAGGAUCAAAUUCAUGCAAUAAAACCAAAAUUGUAUCCAAGUAGACAAUCCCUGAGAAUUGAACCUCGAGGCAAGUCAUUGAAGGAUGAGGACAGUUUAAAGUUUCUUGAGAUUGUUGAUGAGGAAGCUCAACUAUACUUGAAAGAUUUGGGUCCACAGAUUGGUUGGACAACAGUGUUUUUGGCUGAGUAUGCAGGUCCUCUAGUGCUGUACCUUCUACUUUACACCAGACCUGCGUUGAUAUAUGGACCAGAGGCUAGCGCACAACCCAUAGCACAAGUAGUACAUAUUGCGGCUGCCUGUUGGGGUUUCCAUUAUGCCAAAAGGAUUUUAGAGACUCUGUUCAUCCAUCGCUUCUCUAAGGGAACCAUGCCCAUUUCAAAUCUUAUCAAGAAUUGUAGCUAUUACUGGGGAUUUGGUUUUUUUGUAGGCUACUUCAUCAACCAUCCCCUGUACACUCCCCCAAAAUUUGGUGAUGCCCAGGUGUAUGCUGGUCUGGCUGGAUUCCUGUUCAAUGAGCUUGGAAACUUUUCUAUUCACUGUGCUCUGAGAGACCUCAGACCAGCAGGAUCAAAGGAGCGUAGGAUUCCUUACCCUAACAGCAAUCCGAUGACACAAAUCUUCAAUUUUGUGUCAUGCCCAAACUACACAUAUGAGAUUGGAGCAUGGAUCUGCUUUACACUGAUGACACAAACCUUAGGAACUGCAUUCUUCACGAUGGCUGGCACAUACCAGAUGGUCCUCUGGGCUGAAGGGAAACAUCGUAACUACAAGAAAGAAUUCAAAGAUUACCCAAGACGUCGCCGUGCCAUUUUUCCUUUUAUUAUCUAAUAAAACACAUUAGCAUACAUA